AUGCCUUUUGUUGAGAAUCCUCUUGUUUGGAUCGAUUGUGAAAUGACAGGCCUUCAGGUCGGGAAAGAUGUUCUAAUGGAAGUGGCUGCUAUUAUCACUGAUGGUAAUUUGAAACCAAUUCCAGAGUCCUUCGAUGCGGUGAUUCAUCUUAGCGAUCAGCAACUGGCCUCCAUGAAUGAAUGGUGCAUAACGCAACAUGGCAAAUCUGGUUUAACCGAAAAAUGCAGAUCGAGCACUCUUUCCGUUCAAGAAGUGGAAAGACAAUUAUUAAUUUAUAUAAAAAAAUACGUCCCAGACAAACGUGUAGCUCUCAUUGCUGGAAAUAGUGUUCAUGCUGAUGUUCGUUUUCUAAACAUUGAAAUGCCCAAAGUUAUUGAGCACUUGCACUACCGUAUUGUUGAUGUCUCUACCAUCAAAGAACUAGCAAAACGUUGGCGCCCCGAUAUUCGUCCGUAUGAAAAAAAAGGAGACCACCGCGCAUUGUCUGAUAUCAUGGAAAGCAUUCAAGAACUUGAAUAUUUCCGAUCCAAUUGGCUUCAUUAA